UAUCAUGAUUCCUCACCUGCAGCUUUGGUUCUAUCGACUUUUAUUGAAUAAACAGUCGACAAAAAUUGGUUUAAUUCUACUUUAUUAAGCUCUUUUCAAAUCGUACAAUGUACGUCAAGGACGCACCAGUGUAUCUAAAAUCCAGUGCAUCGUUAUUGUCCAAUAAUUUGGCUAUUUUAAGGUCAAAAGAGAAGGAAAGUAUAACGUAUGCUGUUGUGCACAAAGCACUUGUUUGUCUCUCUAAUGUGGGCAAAGGAGGUUUUUCUAACUUGAAACAAGUCGCUUGUAAAGGCGAAGGAGCUCAUAGCAGCUCUGCAGUUCAACAGGCAAAAUGGUGUGUGUUACCAGAAAGAACUGUUCUUGUUAUUGCAUCUAUCAAAGGUGUCCAGAUGUUUGACCCUGAUGGUACAAUUAUGAUCUUCUGGCAAUCUCUUCCUCCUUGUGAAACCACCGAAGCAUACUCUCAGUUUUCAAGAGGGAUAUGUGCAGUAGGAGACAAAUAUGUUUGCGUUGGUUGCUCAGAUGGUGGGAUCAUGGUUUUCGAUGUUCCAUCUCAUGGAACUGGUGUCAAGCUCCAAGAAACCCUUGGCAGUCAUGUUGUAUCUGUUUGCGACCUUGUUGCCAAGGAUACUAAAAUGGUGUCAGCAGAUGAAACAGGUCACAUGAUUGUCUGGCAGGCAGGUGGACACUUCACACAGCUCUCAAAAAUAGAUGGUUUUGGCUUUCCUUGUUCAUCACUUGCAAUAUAUAAAGAAUAUAUAAUAGGAGGUUAUGGCACUGGACAUCUAAGAAUAUUCAAUUUAGCUUCUGGCAAGAUUAUAGUCGAAAUUUGUGCACAUGCUCAAUGGAUUAAUGCAAUAGACGUUGCUGAGGAGAGCGGAUUGGUGCUGUCCGUAUCAGAAGACACCUUUGUACGUGUUUGGCAAUUCACAGGCGGUGACAGUCCCAAGGUCGAAAUAAAGUUCCAACAGUCUAUUCCAGACACACAGCUAUCGGGAGGCAAGUUUUUGGAUCCCGAAGGUCAGAGUUUUGGGCUGACUGCGUACGAUCUUACAGAAGUGUAUGUCUUCUCGAAGAAGUGAAGUAGGACUGAAGAAACGCGUCACUGCUGACGCAGAUAGUAAUUAUGGAAAGAAAAAAAAACCAAACAAAAGGAAAAAUAAUAUAAUGCAUUUAUGGUCUUUACGUUUUUCAUAAAGGGGAGUAUCUGUAUUUAUGAAGCUUGGAAUCUAGUAUUAUAAGGGGAAAUCGUACAAAAAUUCAAAUUUUAACUUAUAAUAAGAUCUGAUCAUGAUCUUCGCGAUAGAUGACAAUGCUUUUAGAGGCAAAAUAGGAGUUGUCGGAGAAAAUUCUACUCGCAUAAAAAAUGUGUGAUGGCUUAGUUCAGUCAUAGUAGCUAGGCUAUGGUUCAGUUGAGAUGAUUGUCAGCGAGUUUAUGUUGUUAAAAUUCGAAUAAAAGAAAAAGCGAAUAAAAGGAAGGGAAAACAACAAUUGAAAUAUGCAGCAUGUUAGUUCCGUUCAAGCUUGGAUUCAGGAAGACUUUUGUAUAAACUAUGGUUGCCAAAAACAACUCUUAACUGAAUUCAGUGAAUCUUAGCAUUCAAUUUUUAAGAAAUAGUGAAUUUUAGUUGGAAUUUCAAGAGGAUUUAUGCUAUACGCUUUUUAUUCUAUAAAAAUGGGGAUCUCCCGUUGUUUUCGAGGCCAGAACGAGUUGAUCUUAGCACUUUAUUUGUUAAGAUUUAAAAACUUAAAGUCAUUUUCUAUCGCUUUUCCUUGCUUUAAAAAAGGAAAAGAGAAGGCAAAAGACAAAUCUCAUUAGAGAAAUAUUUCAGAAAUAUUUAAGCCUUGAUUUUUAUCACUGUUUCAUAUUAAACACACUGACUCUGACGAAAAAA